CACGCACUCGGUGUUAUGCCGGGCCUGUUUGGGGAAUGAUUCAGCGACAUAUUAUGCGUUUCUCAGUUAGCUGAGCAGCCAGCCAGCCUACGAUAGAGCGCAUGUACGAGAGCCGUACGUCUGAGCAUCUUCCAGCGAUUUCACGCUUGUAGAGAAGUAUUUAGACCGAAACGGGGUUCUGUUUGCCGGGUAUUACAUGUGAAAGAUGCCGUUAAGUUGGAAUUGCCAAAUUAAUUAUCGAGCAGAGUGUAGAAAUCAGUAAACAUGAAGGUUGACAGAAGCAAGUUAAAGAAAACCCCCACUGAAGCGCCUGCUGACUGCAGGACGCUCAUAGAGAAGCUGAAAGGAUGCAGUGAUGAGCAGUUGCUGCUGGAGCUGCAGCACAUCAAAACAUGGAACAUUGGCAAGUGUGAGUUGUACCAUUGGGUAGACCUCCUGGACCGCUUCGAUGGCAUCCUCUGUGACGCUGGACAGACAGUGGAGAACAUGUCCUGGAUGCUGGUUUGUGAUCGACCAGACAAUGGGCAGCUCAAAGCCUUGCUGUUGGCGGUGCUGAACUUCACAGCCCUGUUGAUAGAGUACAGCUUCUCUCGGCACCUGUACAGCUCCAUAGAGCACUUGACCACCCUUUUAGCAUCAUGCGACAUGCAAGUGGUGCUGUCUGUGCUGAACCUCUUGUAUGUGUUCAGCAAGCGCUCCAACUACAUCACCAGGCUGGGCUCGGACAAGAGGAGCCCUCUGCUUGCCCGCCUGCAACACCUGGCUGAGAGCUGGGGAGGGAAGGAAAAUGGCUUUGGUCUGGCUGAGUGCUGCAGAGAUCUGCCCAUGACGAAAUACCCACCCAGUGCCACCACUCUGCACUUUGAGUUCUAUGCUGAGCCUAGCUCUGAGGUCAAAGUGGAGAAGAAGUCCAGCAGCAACACGCUACACUACAUCCACAUUGAACAACUUGAUAAGAUCUCGGAGAGUCCAUCUGAGAUCAUGGAGUCGCUGACGGUCAUGUAUAACAUCCCUAAAGACAAGCAGACCCUGCUAUUCACACACAUCCGUCUGGCGCACGGUUUCUCGAACCACAAGAAGAGACUGCAGGCCGUGCAGGCUAGACUGCAUGCCAUCUCCAUACUGGUGUACUCAAACGCCCUCCAGGAGUCAGCCAACAGUAUACUCUACAACGGGCUGAUAGAGGAGCUGGUGGAUGUCCUGCAGAUCACAGAUAAACAGCUAGUGGACAUAAAGGCUGCUUCCUUGCGCACUUUGACAUCGAUAGUCCACUUGGAGCGGACUCCUAAGCUUUCAAAUAUCAUCGAUUGCACUGGCACAGCUUCCUACCAUGGCUUCUUGCCUGUAUUGGUCCGCAACUGCAUACAAGCCAUGAUUGACCCACUGAUGGAGCCAUACCCGCACCAAUUUGCUACAGCCCUCUUUUCUUUCCUGUACCACUUGGCCAGUUAUGAUGCUGGUGGGGAGGCGUUAGUCUCUUGUGGGAUGAUGGAGGCCUUGUUGAAGGUAAUUAAGUUCUUGGGGGAUGAGCAAGACCAGAUCACCUUUGUGACUCGGGCGGUUCGUGUUGUGGACCUUAUCACCAAUCUGGACAUGGCUGCCUUUCAGUCCCACAGCGGCCUUUCCAUCUUCAUCUGCAGACUGGAGCAUGAGGUGGACCUGUCCAGGAAAGAGUGCCCUUUUGUCAUCAAGCCAAAGAUCCAGAGGCCCAGCACAGCUGCUGAAACUGAGGACAUGGACACAGACAUGGACAUGUCUGAGGUUGCCAUGGAGAGCAGUCCAGGGCCCUCCACCUCUGCAGGCUCCAGAGCAGAGGCAGACCCUCGUGCUCAGACCAGCACAGUGAGCACGCCCAGAGCAGGUGUGCAGUGUAUCCCUCAGAGGGCAGCUCUGUUGAAAUCCAUGUUGAACUUUUUGAAGAAAGCCAUUCAGGACCCUGCCUUUUCAGAUGGCAUUCGCCAUGUGAUGGAUGGGUCUCUUCCUACCUCUCUGAAGCACAUCAUCAGUAAUGCCGAGUAUUAUGGACCGUCACUCUUCCUCCUGGCAACGGAGGUGGUGACAGUGUUUGUGUUCCAGGAGCCAUCCCUGCUCUCCUCCCUGCAGGACAAUGGCCUCACAGAUGUCAUGCUACAUGCACUGCUCAUCAAAGAUGUCCCUGCCACCCGAGAGGUGCUGGGUUCCCUGCCCAAUGUCUUCAGUGCCCUGUGCCUAAACGCCCGUGGCUUGCACUCAUUCGUCCAGUGCCAGCCCUUUGAGCGCCUGUUCAAGGUACUGCUGUCACCUGACUACCUGCCAGCCAUGCGACGCCGGCGCAGCUCUGACCCCCUGGGGGACACUGCCUCUAAUUUGGGCAGUGCUGUGGAUGAGCUCAUGAGGCACCAGCCUACACUGAAAACUGAUGCCACAACUGCUAUCAUUAAGUUGUUGGAGGAGAUCUGCAACUUGGGCAGAGCUCCUGAGUACAUCUGCCAGAAACCUUCUAUUCAGAAAGCAGAUGGGACUGUCACAGUGCCUCCUGCUCGGUCCAACCAUGCAGCGGAGGAAGCCUCCAGUGAGGAUGAAGAGGAAGAAGAGGCUCUGCACACAUUCAGCCAGCAGCAGGGGGAACCAGAGAGCAACAGACAAGUGGUUGGCACAGAAGAGCGGAUCCCCAUUCCCCUUAUGGAUUACAUUCUCAAUGUGAUGAAAUUUGUGGAGUCGAUUUUGAGUAAUAAUACAACAGACGACCACUGUCAGGAGUUUGUGAACCAGAAAGGCCUCCUACCCCUGGUGUCGAUUUUAGGGCUUCCCAACUUGCCCAUUGACUUUCCCACCUCUGCCGCCUGCCAGGCUGUAGCUGGCGUAUGCAAAUCAAUUUUGACACUAUCCCACGAACCGAAGGUUCUGCAGGAGGGCUUGUGCCAGUUGGACAGCAUUCUCUCAGCUCUGGAGCCACUCCAUCGGCCUAUUGAGGUGCCGGGUGGUUCAGUUCUACUGAGAGAACUGGCCAAUGCUGGCCACGUCACAGACGCCACACUGUCUGCCCGUGCCACGCCUCUCCUGCAUGCGCUCACUGCUGCACAUGCGUAUAUCCUCAUGUUCGUCCACACUUGCAGAGUUGGACAGAGCGAGAUACGGGCCAUCUCGGUGAACCAGUGGGGCUCCCAGCUGGGUCUGAGUGUGCUCAAUAAGCUGAGUCAGCUCUACUGCUCCCUGGUGUGGGAGAGCACUGUGCUACUGUCCCUCUGCACACCCAACAGUCUCCCUCCUGGCUGUGAGUUUGGCCAGGCUGACAUGCAGAAACUAGUGCCUAAGGAAGAAAAACCAUCCAGCAGUACUGCAGCCAGUGGAGGCAGGAGAACCGGUAAAACACUGCACCAUGCCGAGGCAGAGACUUUGUCUGUGGGGGUGGACCCGUCUGCACAGGGCCUACUGGAGGGCAUGGGCCUGGAUGGAGACUCCCUCGCUCCCAUGGAGACAGAUGAGCCCUCAGCCACUGACCCGAAGGCUAAAUCCAAACUCACUCCUGCCAUGGCAACGCGCAUCAAACAGAUCAAACCUUUGCUCUCUGCAUCGUCUCGUUUGGGUCGGGCGUUGGCUGAGCUAUUUGGCCUGCUGGUGAAGCUUUGUGUGGGUUCACCUGUUCGUCAGCGGCGCUCCCACCACACCACCAGCACGGGCACCGCCCCCACACCUGCAGCACGUGCCACCGCGUCCUCCCUUACCAAAUUACUAACCAAGGGCCUGAGCUGGCAGCCGCCUCCAUAUACUCCCACUCCUCGCUUUAGGCUGACGUUCUUUAUCUGUUCUGUGGGCUUCACUUCACCCAUGCUGUUUGACGAGAGGAAGUAUCCCUACCACCUGAUGCUGCAGAAAUUCUUUUGCUCUGGAGGCCACGAUGCCCUGUUUGAGACGUUUAACUGGGCUCUGUCAAUGGGAGGUAAGGUGCCAGUGUCUGAAGGGCUGGAGCACCCUGAGCUGCCUGAUGGGACUGGUGAGUUCCUUGAUGCUUGGCUGAUGCUGGUGGAGAAGAUGGUGAACCCCAGCACAGUGCUGGACUCUCCCCACUCUCUGCCCGCCAAAGUGCCUGGAGCACCCUCCACCACACCACAGUUCAGCGCCCUGCGUUUCCUCAUCGUCACUCAGAAGGCUGCAUUUAACUGUAUCCGCAACCUGUGGAACCGUAAGCCUCUGAAGGUCUACGGUGGACGCAUGGCAGAGUCCAUGCUUGCCAUCCUUUGCCACAUCCUGCGUGGUGAGCCAAUCAUCCAGGAGCGACUGGCCAAGGAGAGGGAAGGCUCAUCUCGCUCUGAUGAGGAUGGUGGCACUUCUGGGACUGCUGCGGCCAGUGCCGACCCAGGAACUGGUGGAGCAGUGGGAGAGGGUGCUGCCGGGGCAGGAGCAGGCAGUGCCAGCACAGCUGGUGGCUCAGCAGAGGAAGGGAGCAACGCCACACCCCGUAGGGAACCUCAAGUCAACCAGGCUCAGCUCACACAGCUAAUGGACAUGGGCUUCUCCAGAGAACAUGCCAUGGAGGCAUUGCUCAACACCACCACCAUGGAGCAGGCCACAGAGUACCUGCUUACCCACCCACCACCACUCCUCAGUGCUGCUGUUAGGGAAUUCACCAUGUCUGAAGAGGACCAGAUGAUGAGGGCCAUCGCCAUGUCUCUGGGUCAAGAAGUCAGCAUGGAGCAACGCUCAGACUCUCCUGAGGAGGCUGCACGCAGGCGUGAGGAGGAGGAGAGAAGAGCGCGAGAGAGAGCCGAAGAAGAGGAGGCUCGCUGUUUGGAGCGUUUUCUGGAGGCUGAACCCCUGGACAAUGCCGAGCUCCAUGCCUUCACUGACACCAUGCUGCCAGGUUGCUUCCAUCUGCUAGAUGAGUUGCCUGACACAGUUUACCGCCUCUGUGACCUGCUCAUGACCGCUAUCAAGAGAAAUGGCCCUGAGUACCGAGACCUAAUCCUCCGCCAGGUUGUGAACCAGGUGUGGGAUGCUGCUGAUGUGCUGAUAAAAGCUGCCGUGCCACUUACAACAAGUGACACUAAAACUGUGUCUGAGUGGACGAGGCAGAUGGUGACCCUGCCCCAGGCCUCCACCUUGGCUACCCGCAUUCUGCUAUUGACUUUGCUGUUUGAGGAGCUGAAGCUAUCGUGUGCGCGGAUUGUGGAGAGCAGUGGUGUUCUGACUGUGCUGAUUAAGCUUCUGGAGGUGGUUCAGCCUUGUCUGCAAGCUGCCAAGGAGCAGAAAGACAUUCAAACACCCAAAUGGAUCACUCCAGUGCUCCUGCUCAUUGACUUUUAUGAGAAAAUGGCUGUCUCCUCCAAACGAAGAGCCCAAAUGAACAAGUACCUGCAGCCUAAUGGGAAUAAUUGGCGCUGGUUUGAUGACCGUUCGGGCCGCUGGUGCAGCUACAGUGCUAGUAAUAACAGCACAAUAGACUCUGCCUGGAGGGCAGGAGAGACCAGCGUCCGCUUCACUGCAGGGCGGAGGAGAUACACUGUACAGUUCAACACCAUGGUGCAGGUGAAUGAGGAGACUGGGAACAGGAGGCCUGUGAUGUUGACUGUGCAGAGAGUGCCACGCACGCCCAAGCCCACCAAAUCCGGCAGCGCAGCUGAGACUGAGCGAGAGGAAGGGGAGCAGAGAGCCAAGACUGAGGAGACCCAGACUGACACAGACACUGCAUCUGUUACUGUGGAGAUGGCUCCCCCUAAAGAAGAGGCAGACCAGAAGGAGUCUUCCUCAUCUGCCCCCACCCUCUCUGCUGCUUCUCAGGACUCGUCCUCUGGCUCUGGUGGCAUUGUAGUGCAGGGCCUGUCGGAGGAAAUGACUACAGUUCUGAUCCGUGCAUGCGUUAGCAUGAUCAGUGUCCCUGUGGACCCGGACACGCUGCACGCCACGUUGCGUCUGUGCCUGCGCCUUACACGCGCACACCACUAUGCCAUGAUGUUCGCCGAGCUCAAGAGCACACGCAUGAUCCUGGGCCUCACGCAGAGUUCUGGCUUCAAUGGCUUUACACCACUCAUCACUCUGCUCUUCCGCCACAUCAUUGAGGACCCAGCCACGCUGCGCCAUACCAUGGAGAAGGUGGUGCGGUCUGCGGUUACCAGUGGGGCAGGUAGUACAACUUCAGGUGUGGUGUCAGGUAGUCUGGGCUCACGUGAGAUCAACUACAUUCUGCGUGUGCUGGGCCCAGCGGCCUGUCGUAAUCCUGAGUGCUUUACAGAAACUGCCAACAGCUGCGUCCGGAUCGCCCUGCCAGCCCCAAGAGGUGCUGGAACAGCUUCCGAUGAUGAGUUUGAGAACUUCAGAAUCAAGGGUCCAAAUGCAGUGCAGUUGGUGAAGACUACGCCUCUGAAGCUGUCUCCGCUGCCACCUAUCCCAGACACCAUUAAAGAGGUCAUAUAUGACAUGCUGAAUGCCCUAGCAGCUUACCAUGCUCCUGAGGAAGCAGAGAGGGGAGAGGAGCGUCUGGUGGCAGUGCCUGGCAGUCAGGAUCUGUGUCAGAUCCUGCAGGAUGUUGGGGAUGAUGUCUACCAACAGUACAGACUCACACGCCAAGGAAGCGACUUUGACUCGCAGUCUGCCUUCCACAUAAAUACUCAGGUGUUUGCUGCAGAUGGUGCUGUUGCAGAGUCUUCCCAGUCAGGAACACCUCAAGGCGAGGCCUCAACCCCUGAGGAGAUGCGGGAAGAGAAGAAGGAGCAAGAAGGUGAAAGGGGGGCCUCCUCAGAGGAGAGCCGGGCAGCUAAGGCCAAGGCCAGCAAGCCCCUGAUGCCAACAUCCACUAUCCUGCGGCUGCUGGCGGAGCUAGUGCGCUCUUAUGUGGGCAUCGCCACACUCAUCGCCUCCUACAGCUACACAGCUGGACAGUCGGAGCUCAUUAAGGAGGACUGCAGUGUGCUAGCCUUUGUGUUGGAUCACCUGCUCCCCCACACCCAGAACUCAGAAGACAAGGACACCCCUGCUCUGGCACGCCUCUUCCUGGCCAGCCUGGCAGCUGCUGGCACUGGAACUGAUGCCCAGGUGGCCCUGGUCAAUGAGGUGAAGGCCGCUCUGAGCCGGGCACUGGCUAUGGCAGAGGGCGCAGAGAAGCAUGCUCGGUUGCAGGCAGUAAUGUGCAUCAUCAGCACCAUUAUGGAGUCAUGCCCCUCCACCUCCAGCUUCUACAGUACAGCCACUGCCAAGACACAGCACAAUGGCAUGAACAACAUCAUCCGUCUCUUCCUGAAGAAAGGCCUUGUCAAUGAUCUUGCCCGUGUGCCCCACAGUCUUGACUUGUCAAGUCCCAACAUGGCGAACACUGUAAAUGCUGCACUUAAGCCUCUAGAGACACUGUCACGGAUUGUCAACCAGCCCAGCAGCUUGUUCGGGGGGAAAGGAGGGUCUAGCAAGAACAAGACCGAACAUGACACUGUGGGCACCCCCAGGGACAGCAACAGUAACACACAGGACCAAGGAGAGGCAGGUGAGGCAGAGCCUGUUGAGAAUCGUCACCGGGGCCAGGGCACAGAUGGUGAUCUGAUGGAUGGAGAGGCGGAAGGGGACACAGUGGUCAUUGCUGGCCAGCCAGAGGUGCUCAGCACACAGGCUAUGCAGGUGGAGAAUGAGUUGGUGGAUUUGAUAGAUGAACUUUUAGAAAGAGAUGCUGGAACAGUCAAUAGUACCAUCAUCGUUGGACGUUCAGGAGAAGAUGAAUCUCAAGAGGAUGUGUUAAUGGAUGAAGCUCCUUCCAACAUGAGUCAAGCUUCCACUUUGCAGGCCAACAGAGAAGAUUCUAUGAACAUCCUGGAGCCAGAGGAUGAGGAGCACACUCAAGAGGAGGAUUCCAGUGGCAGUAACGAGGACGAAGACAGCCAGGACGAGGAAGAGGAAGAGGAGGAAGAGGAGGAAGAAGAUCAGGAUGAUGAAGAGGGGGAUGAGGAUGAUGAUGAUGAGGGCUCAGAGAUGGAAUUGGAUGAGGAUUUCCCUGAUAUUAAUGCUGCCCCACACAUACGAUUUGAGAGAUUUGAUAGAGAUGAGGACCUCAUUAUAGAAUUUGACAAUAUGUUCUCAAAUUCUGCUGACAUCCCUCCCUCUCCAGGAAACAUCCCUAGCUCCCACCCUCUAAUGGUGCGACACGCUGACCACGGUUCUCUCACCCUGGGAGGAGCCAGCACCAGCAGCCGGCUGGCUCAGGGCAUGGGCCGCAGCCAGCGCACACUCCGCCAGCUUACAGCUAACACUGGCCACACCAUCCAUGUGCACUACCCAGGCAACCGCCAGCCCAACCCCCCACUCAUUCUUCAGAGGCUACUAGGCCCCAGUGCAGCAGCAGACAUCCUGCAGCUGUCCAGCUCCCUACCAUUACAGUCUCGUGGCCGUGCCCGGCUCCUCGUUGGCAAUGAAGAUGUGCACAUUAUAGCUCGCUCUGACGAUGAGCUUCUGGAUGACUUCUUCCACGAGCAGAGCAGCAGUGGAGGUCAGGCUGGCACCCUUUCAAGUAUUCCUACAGCCUUAACUAGAUGGACAGAUGAGUGUAAAGUUUUGGAUGCAGAGAGCAUGCAUGAUUGUGUUGCAGUGGUUAAGGUGCCCAUUUUGCAGCACUUGGAGAGCCUGCGUGAUGAGGAGCUGGAGGAGCGCAGGGAGAAGAGAAGGAGGCAACUUGCGGAGGAGGAAGAGGCCAAGCAGAAUGAGAGAAGCACUUCUGCUGGAGAGGAGAACAGGGAGCAGACGCUGCAGGGCACUGCAAUAGGAACUGUCAACGGAGGUGGAGAUAACUCAGCAGCAGAAGGAGAGCAGGCCCAGGUUGGCGUGUCUUCCUGUCUUGACCCUCCCCGUGCCUCUGAGGGCUUUCUCACAGCACCCCCUUCAGGAGAGGUUACCCCCACUGCCCCACAUGAGCAGGCCCUUGUCUCACUGGAGACAGCAAUCAAUCAGCAAGUGCAUCAGCCAAUUGCAGAGCUGCUGCUGGCUGACUCACAUGCUGAUUCACUUGCAACGCUGGCAGGGGCUGUACCUCAGCUCUCAGCACCCGAUCGGCCGAAUUGUGAAGCGGAAGCCUCCCAGAUGGAAAUGUCUCCUGCCCCCACUAUUGGUGAGAGAGGAGGAGGAGGAGGAGCAUUGGAUGCAGUCAGGGAAGCCUCUCUCAGCCCAGAUAUAGCAGAGAGUUCUGAGCCUGUGCCAGUGGGUGUGUCACAACUAGAGGGGUCACCUAUGGAUACCAGUAGCCCUGCCUCUGCAACACAGGAGGAACCUGCCCCUAACUCAGCACAGCCUAAUCACAUGUCUCAAGAGCUAUCAGGAAGUGGUGACAGUGGCCUCACUGAUAGGCAGACAGAUGCAGAUACAGGGUCCACCUCUGUGUCCUCCCCUGGUGAGACCAUGCCACGGAGUGAUAGUGCGGACAGCCAGUCUCAAGCUAUCCAGGAGGAGCCACUCCCAUCCACCAGCAACGAGGAGGAUGACCCGCUUGCUGGCAUCAGUCUGCCAGAAGGUGUAGAUCCGUCUUUCCUGGCUGCUUUGCCUGAGGACAUCCGUCGGGAGGUGCUGCAGAACCAGUUAGGGAUCAGACCCCCCUCUCGCCCCUCCGUAACCUCCACAGUGUCCUCUGCAGCGGCUCCUGUGUUGGGGGGAGGCCCUGGGGUCACUGAGGUCAGCCCUGAAUUUCUGGCGGCACUACCACCAGCCAUUCAGGAGGAGGUGCUAGCUCAGCAGCGAGCCGAGCAGCAGCGGCGAGAACUAUCCCAGCAGCCCCCUCAAGGAGACCAGCCUCUGGACCCUGUCACUUUCAUCCAGACGCUACCAUCUGAGUUGCGGCGCUCUGUUCUGGAAGACAUGGAAGACAGCGUGCUGGCAGUAAUGCCCCCGGACAUUGCGGCUGAAGCUGCAGCACUGCGCAGAGAGCAGGAGGCCCGGCAGAGGCAGCUGAUGCACGAACGACUCUUUGGACACAGCUCCUCUUCUGCGCUCUCUGCAAUUCUGCGUUCUCCUGCCUUCACUAGCCGUCUGGGGGGCAACCGAGGUGUGCAGUACUCACGCUUGGCUGUGCAAAGAGGAGGAACCUUCCAAAUGGGGGGCAGCGCCAACCACAGCCGCCCCUCCAGCUCCAAUGUGGACUCCCUCUUGCGGCUUAGAGGACGUCUCCUCUUGGACCAUGAGGCACUGUCUUGUCUCCUGGUGCUGCUGUUUGUGGACGAACCUAAGCUGAACACCAGCAGACUACAUCGUGUGCUGCGGAACCUGUGCUACCAUUCACAGACACGUGGCUGGGUGAUCCGCAGCCUGCUUUCCAUCCUCCAGCGCAGCAGCGAGAGCGAGCUCUGCCUGGAGACGGCCCGGCUAGAUGAGGCAAGAGGCAAGCGUGCACAGGGCCAAGGGUCAUCCGGCGGAAGCAAGAGCUCCUCCUCUUCUUCACAGGCCUCCAUGGCCUCUUCCUCAUCCUCCUCCUCCCUUGAGCUUCUGAAUAGAGUGGAAUCUCGCAGCUCCAGCCAGCUCUCAUGGCUCUCUGUGUCCAUGGAUGCGGCACUGGGCUGUAGGACCAACAUUUUCCAGAUCCAGCGGGCAUCAGGCCGCAAACAUGCAGACAGGCACUCAACAGGUGGUGCCAUGGGCUCGGCAGGCCUCGGUAGUGGAGUGUCAGGAGCUGGAGGAGUUGGCUGCUCAGGUGGAGGAUCUACGGUUCACAUCCACCCGCAAGCUGCCCCUGUCGUCUGUCGUCACGUACUGGAUACCCUCAUUCAGCUGGCCAAGGUGUUCCCUAGCCACUUCACACAACAGCGCUGUAAGGACCCCCAGUCAUCUUCCUCCUCUGAGCUGGACUCUCGCCUGUGUGGCAGCUCUGCUUCUGCAACUGGAGGAAGCUGCAGGCCAGGCAGUGCCAGCCAGAACAACCCCUCUGGCACUCCCAGCACCCCUUCCUCCACCCACAACUCCCUCAGCUCCUGUUCAGUCACCCCGCAGUCCCUGGGCAUCUCCACUGAUUUCUGGGACCUACUGGUGAAGCUGGACAACAUGAAUGUCAGUCGUAAAGGCAAGGCCUCCAUGAAGACUGUGCCUCUGGGGGCAUCUGCAGAGGGCGAGGGGGCCCAGUUAAGUCUAGAAGCCUCACCGUUAGGCCAGCUGAUGAACAUGCUGUCGCACCCAGUGAUCCGUCGCAGCUCCCUGCUUACCGAAAAGCUCCUGCGACUACUCUCUCUCAUCUCCAUCGCCCUGCCUGACAACAAGGCUACAGAGGUGCCAGCUGGCCACCCUGUGCCUCAGGCCCCCACUGCUGUCCCUGCAGCCCCCACUGCCCAGGCCACUGCUGGGGCAGGGGGUACAGCAGGUACCCAGAGCACAGCUGUUGGGACAGUCGUGGCACAAUCUCAGCCAGUCUCCGCUGCUACUGCUGCAGCCACCACCACGUCUACUGUAGCUACAGGCACCACUGCUGGCAAACAGAAGGCAGCAGUGAGCAGCACAGACAGUGAUACCAAGUUGGCCUCCACUGGACUAACAGAAAAACAGCUGCAGCUCUCUGUAGAGGUGCUGACAUCCCACUCAUGUUCAGAGGAGGGCUUGGAGGACGCGGCUAACAUACUUCUGCAGUUGUCCAGAGGGGACAGCCAGACCCGGGACACUGUGCUCAGACUGCUGCUCAGCGGGGCCCGCCACCUCGGCUACACGCUCUGCAAACAAAUUGGCACUUUACUGGCGGAGUUGCGGGAGUAUAACCUGGAGCAGCAGCGGAGAGCACGGGCAGAUGCCCAGUCUCCAGAAGCCGCUCAUGAGGACCCCUCCCUCACCGCUCGCCUCAAGGGCACGAUGACCAGCAGGUUUGACGGCUCAGAAAGUGUGGUGAUUGUGGCAGCUCAGAAGCGUACUCUGGGUGGCCGAGAACUCCAGCUGCCUUGCAUGAGCUCUCUCACCUCCAAGACCUCCACGCAGAAGUUCUUCCUGCGAGUGUUGCAGGUCAUCAUCCAGCUGAGGGAGGACACACGUCGUGCCAACAAAAAGGCUAAGCAGACAGGAAGACUGAGCUCCACCAGUCUGGGCUCUGCGAGCAGUAUUCAGGCUGCUGUUCGCCAGCUGGAGGCUGAAGCAGAUGCCAUCAUUCAGAUGGUGAGAGAGGGACAACGGGCUCGCCGGCUUCAGCAGGCUCCCCCACCCUCUUCGUCCUCCUCCUCUUCCGCCGCUGCCGCCGCCGCUGCUGCUGCUGCUGUUGCUGCCGGAUCGUCUGCAGCAGCUGGUCUUGCCCCAAGCGCUGCUGCAACCAACAACCCCCCCGCCGGUCCAGCCAGCUCUGCCACGUCGGAAGGACAUUCUGUGGCAGAGCCUCCAGCAGCGCAGAGAGAUGACUCUCCUAUGGACGUGGACCAGCCCUCUCCUCUGGAGCAGGACCAGGCUCCUAUUGGUGAGGAGAGCAGCACUCAGCAGGAGCAGGAGGAAAGACUGCCUGAGUUGCCACUGCUGAGCGAGCAGCUCUUAUUGGACGAACUAUGGGACAUGCUAGGGGAGUGUCUCAAAGAGCUGGAGGAGUCACAUGACCAACAUGCUGUUCUGGUUCUCCAGCCUGCGGUGGAGGCCUUCUUUCUGGUGCAUGCCACCGAGCGAGAGAGUAAGCCCCCAGUGCGGGACACUCGAGAGAGUCAGCUGUCGCACAUCAAGGAUGAGCCGCCUCCACUGUCUCCUGCCCCCCUCACCCCCGCCACCCCCUCCUCCUUGGACCCCUUCUUCUCCCGAGAGCCUUCCUCCAUGCACAUCUCUUCCAACCUGCCUCCAGACACACAGAAGUUUCUGCGCUUUGCUGAGACUCACAGAACAGUGCUAAACCAGAUCCUGCGCCAGUCCACCACUCACCUGGCAGAUGGCCCCUUCGCUGUCCUUGUGGACUACAUCCGCAUUCUCGACUUUGAUGUCAAGCGCAAGUAUUUCCGUCAGGAGCUGGAACGCCUGGACGAGGGUCUGAGGAAGGAGGAUAUGGCUGUUCAUGUGAGGAGAGACCACGUCUUCGAAGAUUCGUACAGAGAACUGCACCGCAAGAGCCCAGAGGAUAUGAAGAACAGACUGUACAUAGUGUUUGAAGGAGAGGAGGGGCAAGAUGCUGGUGGCCUGUUAAGAGAGUGGUACAUGAUUAUCUCCAGAGAGAUGUUUAACCCCAUGUACGCGCUAUUCCGCACAUCACCAGGAGACCGGGUCACCUACACAAUCAACCCCUCCUCUCACUGCAAUCCAAACCAUCUCAGCUACUUCAAAUUUGUGGGGCGGGUGGUGGCCAAGGCUGUCUACGACAACAGACUUCUGGAGUGCUACUUCACACGCAGCUUCUACAAACACAUCCUCGGGAAGAGUGUUAGGUACACAGACAUGGAGAGCGAGGAUUAUCCCUUCUUCCAGGGCUUGGUCUACUUGCUAGAGAAUGAUGUGUCCACCCUGGGCUACGAGCUGACAUUCAGCACAGAGGUCCAGGAGUUUGGUGUGUGUGAAGUGAGGGACCUGAAGCCCAAUGGGGCCAACAUCCUGGUGACUGAGGAGAACAAGAAAGAGUAUGUGCAUCUGGUGUGCCAGAUGAAGAUGACAGGUGCGAUUCGUAAACAGCUGGCAGCCUUUCUGGAGGGCUUUUAUGAGAUCAUCCCCAAGAGGCUCAUCUCCAUCUUCACUGAGCAGGAACUGGAGCUGCUUAUCUCGGGCCUGCCCACCAUCGAUAUUGACGAUCUCAAGGCCAACACAGAGUACCACAAGUACCAGUCCAGCUCUAUCCAAAUCCAGUGGUUCUGGCGUGCACUGCGCUCCUUUGACCAGGCUGACCGGGCCAAGUUCCUGCAGUUUGUGACGGGCACGUCCAAAGUGCCUCUGCAGGGUUUUGCUGCGCUAGAGGGCAUGAAUGGUAUCCAGAAGUUCCAGAUCCAUCGUGAUGACCGCUCCACUGACCGCCUGCCCUCUGCACACACUUGCUUUAACCAGCUGGAUCUCCCAGCCUACGAGAGCUACGAGAAGUUGAGACACAUGCUGCUGCUGGCCAUUCAGGAAUGCUCCGAGGGCUUCGGGCUGGCCUAGAGACUUUCCUAAACCCCCCCCCGCCCCCCCACACACACACCUGCACACAGUUACACACAGAUGCACACACUGAUUUAGACUUACAUAAUGUUAACUUAUGACACACAUGCAUAUUCACACUAUCGUAGACAUGGCCAAGACCUACUUGUUUCUAAUCCAUUUAAAGACAGACAGAGUUGGACGGCUGAGCGACAGACAUAAGACAGACGUAUUGACAUUUGCCUACUACACACAAAGCCUCUCAUUGACACACAGAACUGUAUUUGGUAUAUUUGUGUGUCUCCCAUCCCAAUUAAAAUGCAGACCCGAGAGACAAUAUGGAGGAUUUGCGCGGACUAAUAUAAGAGACAUUUUCUCCAUUUAGUUUGUUUUCUCUGUACAGAAGGUUUGGGAGUUUAUUAUGUUUAAUCCUUUUUUGUUCUUCUCUGGCUGUUAAAAUAAGGAGAAGGUUGUUUGUGUGCGUGAACAGGAUGGUUAUAAAACCUUUGGGGGAAAAUACGCUGAUUGUCCUCUGUUGCUAAUGUGUGACCUCACUAGCUUUGAAAAUGGGGGACCCGGGGAGGGGUGGGGGAAGUUGAGUGAGAGUUUAGAGUUUUGAUGAACUUGCAACCAUGCAGGGACUUUUCAAAGGGUGACAUUUUUAGGCAAAUUUUGUGGUAUUUUUGGGAAGGAUCACACAGAAAUUAGAGGAGGUAAAGGACUGAGCAGAACCACAGGCCUUCCGACAUGUGGUUAUCAGACUGCUGAAGCAGCCCCUCAGCAGCUAAUCAGAGAAUAAAUUGCUACAUAAAUAAAUGCAUAAAACAGA